CAACAGCUGAUCAAGUUACCGGAAGUGAAGCAUGGCCGUGUUUCAGAACUUGUCGCUUCUUCUGGAGCUGAAAUAUCUGAGCUUCAAGGAGAAGAAGAAGGUGAAAUCUGCAGUGAUGGAAAACGGAGGCAGCAUCUGCUUUGUGAUCAAUAAACAGUGCUCUCUGGUGGUGACCAGCGACGUGUCCAGUCUGAGCCCCAGCAGGCUGCGCAGCAUCCAGAAACACCAGACGCCCGUGGUCGGGCUGGAUUACGUCCACGGCUGCGUGGAGAGAGGAGCUCUGCUUCCUGUGGAUCAGUACAAGCUGGAUACUUCAUCUGCAGCAUCACCUCCUCUUCCUGCCCUCCCACCAGCUCCCCUCACACAGAAAGAGUCCAAAGUACCAACAAGUGAAGCCUCAGCUGAGCGGCCCAAAGGCCAGGCCGAACCCGGUGGUCAGAACCAGAGAGGAGGGAAUGUUCUGGAAAAGUUCAGACUCUUCACAGAAACCGACGUGGAUCUUCCAGCGUAUCCUGAUGACUUCCAAGUGGCCAAAUAUGCCAUCUAUCAUAAGACGAACAGCUGGUGUGUGUUGGAGCUGCAGAGUGUCGGGACGGAGCAGGGACGGCGCUAUCGUGUGGUCCGGUACAGGAAGGACGACGCACCAGCAGAGGAGGCGGUGCUGAGGGAUCAGCUGGUGUUCCCGUCCUCCUCAGAGGAAGCUCUGGACGUCUUCGAGGCCCUGAGAAACUCCCUGGAGGCUUCUGGCCUGAAGAAGAGGACUGACCUGCCUCAGCAGGUCCAGGACCUCGGGUCCUCCCCCCUCCAACAGCUGCUGCUGGAGGAGAAGCUGAACACAGGAAGUUUAUCACAGGAAGUGGGUUUGUUUGUGGAGCUUCUAUGGACUGAGGCUCUGGGUUGCCUCGGCAACGUGCUCAGAGUUUCCAUCGACAAGCUGAGCCUGAAUGAUGUGAGCAGGGCAGAGGGCUUCUUGCUUCAGGCUCAGAAGGUGCUGAGGGCAGGGGAUCAGUCUGAGGCCUCCUCCCUCCUGGAGGAGGUGUACACCCUGCUGCCUCACCAGGAACUCCAGCCCCCACCCCCCAGCACCAAGCUGCUCUCGCAGAAGCUGGACCUCUGUCAGUUGAUCAGAGAUGUUCUGAAUGUGAGUGAGAUGACUCUGAACAGCCAGACCCCGUCCAGCGUGGGGAAGUACCGUGCUCUGAGGUGUGGCAUCGAGACGGUCCCCCCCGGCAGCUCCGAGUUCCAGACUGUCACCCGUCUGCUGCACGGCAGUGUGCAGAUCCAGCAGAUUGUGCGUGUCAGCAGAGGGUUGGAGCUUCAGACUUUCAGGAGUGAUCUCGACAACAUUAAGCCCCUCCUCCAUUCCUCCCGUACCAACAACUUCGUAGGAAUUCUGUCCCGGGGCCUGCUGCUUCCUCGUGUCGGUGUGGAGCAUCAUGGGGUUGAGAGAACAGACGUUGGGAAUCUGGGCAGUGGGAUCUACUUCAGCAAUGCUGUCAGCACUACUCUCAAAUACUCCAAACCCAGCCUCACCGACGGCUCCCGGCUGCUGCUGGUAUGUGAUGUAGCGCUGGGACGCUGCAAGCACGUCCACAAGAGAGACCCCAUGCUGACCCAGGCCCCCGAGGGCCACCACAGCGUGCACGGAGUCCGAGGCAGCCGGACCGCUACGUCUGAGUUUGAGGAUGACGAGUACGUGGUGUACUCACCUGAUCAGGUCCGGCUCAGGUACAUGGUUCGAUUCUGUGUGGAUGGAGACCAGCUGAAGGAGUUCAGUCCCACCGUGGACGUGUUGUCCGAGCUGUCCCCACCCUCCUCACACCAAGAGCUGAGGUCGGAGGAUGAGGAGGCCGAACACAUGAAGAAUCCUCUCCAGGAAGUGACGGCCGGCCUGUUGGACAGCUCAGGACAGCAACUCCCCCUGCAGGCCAUCCAUGUGAAGUGCAAACUGAUGGAUCUGCUGUCUCAGGUCAUCAUUUUCCAGAAAUACACCAAUCAGAGUUUUGCGCCCAUCGAGGCCAAGUACGUCUUCCCUCUGGAUGAUUCUGCAGCUGUGUGCGGGUUUGAGGCUUUCAUCAACGGCAAACAUGUAGUCGGUCAGGUGAAGGAGAAGGAAAAGGCUCGUAAGGAGUACAAGCAGGCCAUUGAACAGGGCCACGGAGCGUACCUGAUGGACCAGGAUGCUCCGGACGUGUUCACCAUCAGCGUAGGCAACCUGCCGCCCGGAGCCACCGUCCUCAUCAAGGUGACCUUCGUAUCCGAGCUGGUGGUGGAGGACGGCAGUAUUCUGUUCUCGCUGCCCGGGAGUGUGGCUCCAUGGCAACAGAGCGCCGCCCUCAACCAGACCACACAGGUUUCCAUGGAGAAGGUGUGUGUUACCGAUGCUACAGAAACAAGAGAGUUCACAUUGGAUGUUUCGGUGGAGAUGCCCCACGAGAUCCGCAGCCUCCUCUGCACCACUCACAAAGUCAGGAUGAAGAGGACGGACUGUAAGGCGGUGCUCAGCGUUCUGCCGGGUCAGGUGAUGGGUUCAGACGGGUUCCAGCUGUCAAUUACUCUGUCCGAGGUCCACCUGCCCCGGAUGUGGGUGGAAAAGCACCCCGACAAGAACAGCCAGGCCUGCAUGCUGGUCUUCUACCCAGACUUCCAGCUCAGCUCCUCCUCGGCUGCCGAUGAGGUCGUCCUGCUGUUAGACACCCCCGAGUCCAUGAGGGGGGAGGCGCUCCGCUCGGCCCAGAGAAUCGCCCUGCAGGUUCUCCGGAAGCUGGACCACAACUUGAGACUCAACAUCAUCCUCUUUGGAACAGAUCACAUGGAAGCGUUCCUCACAGCACAGCCACUCGCUCGGGUUCAUCAGGCAGCAGAGAGCUUCAUCAAGCGCUUCUCUCCAGUAGGGGGCAGCACCGAGCUGUGGCGGCCCUUGCAAUCGCUCAGCCUGCUGCCGCCGUCCGGCGGUGUGAGGAACCUGCUUCUGCUGUCGGACGGCCACAUCCAGAACGCCGCCUUCACCCUGCAGCUGCUCAGAGACAACGCUCAGCAUAGCCGCCUCUUCACCUGCGGCCUCAGCCCAACAGCCAACCGCCACAUGCUGAGAGCCCUGGCACAGGCAGGGGGCGGAGCUUAUGAGUUUUUUGACAGUAAAGCCAAACACAGCUGGGCCGAGAAGGUGGCGUCUCAGGUGAAGCGCAUGCUGUCCCCCGGCUGCAGCUCUGUGUCGGUGAAGUGGCAGCAGUUUAAUCCUGCCGCUCCUCCUCCUCUUCAAGCCCCCAAACAGCUGCACGCUCUUUUCAGCGACUGCCACACUCUGGUUUAUGGAUUUGUCCCAAACUGCACUCAGGCGACUCUUCUUGGAAACCUUUGCGGUGUGGAGCUGGAGACCAUGGUGUCGACCAGCGAGCUGCAGAAGACCAGAGGCACAUUUCUUCACAAGCUGGCAGCAAGAGCCCUGAUCAGAGACUACGAAGACGGAAGUCUGGAAACCUCUGAAGCUGAACACGAGGGUAAGAAAGCAGAGCUGAAGUCCUUCAUCAUUGAGCUGAGUAAAGAGUUCUCCAUCUUGUCUCAGUUCACGAGCUUCGUGGCCAUCGAGGAGAGGGAUUUGAACCAAGCAGAAGACGGAGUCACCAACGUCUCAAAGCUGAUCGCAGAGGAGGACGUGGACUUCCUCCCCUAUGUCAGCUGGUCCUCUGAUCAGCAGUCUCUGAUGGAAAUGAGUGAAAAGUAUAUCAGCAGUGCCAAUUAUGAGUCCCUGGAUGACAGGUUAGAGGACCAUACUAAGUGGAAGAAUGGUGGACCACUUCAGGCUGAUAAAGUGCAGCAGACCCCCCAUUACUCACCUACAUCCCCUUUUUAUGUACCCAUGGGUCUAUGUGUAUAUGGGAAAGUUAAAAUGAAGAAUUUCACUGAAGAUGUACCUGGUCCUCCACCUACUGAAGCCCACCACCGUCGUCCUUUCUCUACUGUGAAGUGUUUCCCCUCUGUCGUCCCUCCUCCUCCUCCUCCUGCAGUUCAUGCUCCUCUCGGGUCGGCUCCACUCCCUCCUUCUCUAUAUGGCCCUGCAGGUGGACGUUUUGGACAGAGCCCUGCAGGUGGACGUUUUGGACAGAGCCCUUCAGGUGGACCUUUUGGACAGAGCCCUGCAGGGGGACCUUUGGGACAGAGCCCUGCAGGUGGACCUUUUGGACAGAGCCCUUCAGGUGGACCUUUUGGACAGAGCCCUGCAGGUGGACCAUUUGGACAGGGCCCUGCAGGUGGACCUUUUGGACAGGGCCCUUCAGGUGGACCUUUUGGACAGAGCCCUGCAGGUGGACCUUUUGGACAGAGCCCUUCAGGUGGACCUUUUGGACAGAGCCCUGCAGGUGGACCUUUUGGACAGAGCCCUGCAGGAACACAGUCAGCUGCUGACUCCCAUCAACCAGAGGGGAGAACCCCUCAGCUAUCCUUUCUUAAACCUUUUAUGGGAAGAAUUGCUGCAUCCAGCAGCUUCUCUGUUGGAGGAAUCCUGAGAUCAUCUGUUGGAAGUCUGCCUCAGGGUUUUGGCAGCAGUUUUGCUGAACCUUUCCCCCGCUCUCAGCUUUUAACUCAGCUAGGGGACAGCGGUGUCUGGCCACCAGCAGCUGUUGGUGUUCCCCUGCUCCUUGGCAGCAAACCUUCAAGUGAACCUCUAAACCUGGUCAUAGCCAAGCCACAGCCAACAGUCGAGUCUGAUGAAGCCAGGAGGCGUUUCUCUUACCAAGAUGCAUCUGUUCAGGGUGAUGUGCUUCCUGAUCGACCUGAAGAACCAACUAAAGACCUAACUGAAGCUUUAUCUAGGAAGCGUUCUCUUCAAACCACAGUGGACAGAUCCCUCAUGUCCAGUUCUGAAGCUCUGUGGGAAAGAACUUCUACUUUCACUAGGUCUUUAAUGUCAGAGUCACCUUCCCCUCCGCCUGAGACCGUUACACAAGACCCUCCGCCAACACAUGACGCUCCACGUCGAGUUCUUCAUAAAAAGACUUUACCUGUUGGAGGUCUUUUUGACCUCGAUACGGUGUAUUCAAGGGCAUCAUUCAGCGUUGGAUUUCCUGCUCCUCCUGCAGCAGCUCCUCCAUCAUCUGAGCUCCUUCAGGUCGCGGAGAAGCUGGAGCCUGUCCCAGCAUUUAGCAGGAGGAAGCUGAUGGACGCAGAACUGAAGCUGAAAUGGACGAAGAUCUUCCAGCUGCAGCACUUGGACGGUUUCUGGGAUCUGACCACGGAACUGGGAGACUUGUUAAACCUGAACGUGGACGUCUUCACCAACAUCUUCCUGAAGAGCAAAGGCAUCAGUUCUCUAGGUGUGAAGGCCCACACAGACAUCCUUAGGAUGGUGGCGACUCUCCUGGUCCUGCAGCUGCUGAGGAUGGAGAAGGUGGAGGAAGGAAAACUGCUGCGCAGCCUGUUUCGCCUGGAGGAGACUUCACCCCCCAGGACUGGGCGUCUGCAGCAGGUGAAGGCGGCAGUGGACUGGGUGUGCUUGGCCGACCUGCAGUAUCCAUGCGUCUGCAGCCGGCUGGAGUUUGGCCUGAACUGGGAGUCCUCCACCCGCCAGCUGCUGGGCUUCGAAGACCUGCCUCCAUUCUCCCCCCUCAGAGGUCUGGAGCUGCAGGGGCCCACCCCACCGCUGACGGUCCACUGAGCAGGUGGAUACUGAUGAGGAGACGUGAUGAGAAAACAUACCUGUCAGAAGGGAUGACGUCAACUUUUGUCUUUAUCUGUUUUUCUGAGUUUCUUUUAACAAAUCUGACGAGAGAAAUAUUUUCAGUCUGGACAGGGUUUGUCUCCUAACAGUUGUACUUCAUGUGUUUGGUGGAUUUUCUGUCUUUGGGCUGAUUUUUUUUUUUACGUGAACCUCUGAUUUAAUGAUCUACGAAGACUGCAGAAAAUAUGAAUCUUUGAGAUCUGGUUGGCGGAUUUUCCUUCAUCAUUGGAUUUUUGGCUCUGAAAUAGUUCUUUGGAAACGUUAUAAAAAACGUCUUAAUGUUAGAGUUUGUAGGAGAGGUUUUCACCGAGGAUGUUUCUGAGAGCGAUUACAUCUCUUAAGUUGGUUUAUUUAAAUUCA